GGUCAGCAUCGCUUCAAACCUCCCUGUCAUCUCUCUGAUUAGGAAGGAAGGAGGGCGCUGGGAUGCCGAUGGUUUCAUCUGGGCGGCGACUGGAAAGGAAAGUUCAGCCUGUUUUCGGUUAUCGAUUCACUUCUCCUUUUUCUACAUCUUGUGAUUCCUGUAAAUUCACAACCUCCACUCGAGACUGACCGACAGCCACAUCUGCAGAACCGGUUUACUGAAGGUCCAUCAGCUGCUCAGAUCCUCCACACAGAAGAACCCAAACAGAAAUCUUAAGAAAUGGACCAAGACACUCCGAACCAAAGCCAGACGCAAGAAGUCAACCCUAAGGGAGCAGCAGAAGCUUUAACAAUCACUCCAGCUGCAGCAUCAGAUACAGCGGCUCCAGACACAGAAUCCACUGCCAACCAGCCUGCAGCUCCUUCCAGGCCUCGACGGCCACAGAGAAGUGCCAGAGUAGAGGGCUCUGUUGACAUCUCUGAGCCCAUAGCUGAGCCCAAAGAUGAACCCACUCCAGUGGAGAACCAGGAGGAAUGUACUCCUGAUGGCACUGUGGCAAGUCGCCCCAAACCCUCUCGCUCUGCAGCAGUCAAACCCAGCGCUAGAGCUGGUCCUAAAGGACCGGGCCACCACCCGGUGAGGGCUGCGUCAGUCCCCCACCCAGCUGCCAGCAGGAAUGUGGCUUCUCACCUGAACCCUCAUGCACAGAGAGCCCUCUCUGUAGUGGGUACAGCUGACACCCCGGCCCAGCCUGUGGAAGACUUCAGGAUGCACGUCAUCACUUGGAACGUGGGUUCGGCCACGCCGCCUGAUGACAUCACUUCCUUGCUGGGGCUGAAUGUGGGUGAUGGAAACACCGACAUGUACAUUAUCGGGCUGCAGGAAGUGAACUCUAUGAUUAACAAAAGGCUGAAAGAUGUCCUCUUCACAGACCAGUGGAGCGAGGUCUGCAUGGAGAGACUCAGCCCCUUUGGUUAUGUGCUGGUGACCUCCCAGCGGAUGCAGGGGCUGCUGCUGCUGGUCUUUGCCAAGUACUUCCAUCUGCCCUUCCUCCGCGGAGUCCAGACUGAGACCACCCGUACUGGCCUGGGGGGUUACUGGGGGAAUAAAGGUGGUGUUAGUGCCCGCAUGUCAGCGUUCGGCCACACCAUCUGCUUCCUCAACUGCCACCUGCCGGCUCACAUGGAAAACUCGGAGCAGCGCAUGGAGGACUUUGAGAGCAUCCUGCAGCAGCAGCAGUUUGAGGGCCAGACCUCCUCUGGGGUUCUUGACCAUGAUGUUGUGUUCUGGUUUGGGGAUCUCAAUUUCCGCAUUGAUGACCUGGAUAUGCAAGUGGUGAAAUCAGCCAUCGAUAACAACAAGUUUCCAAUGCUGUGGGAAAAGGAUCAGCUCAAUAUGGCCAAAGACAGUGAGACAGUGUUGGAGGGUUUCCAAGAGGGGCCUCUAAAAUUUCCUCCCACCUACAAGUUUGAUGUUGGAACAGAUACAUAUGACACAAGCGGGAAGAAGCGUAAACCAGCUUGGACCGACCGGAUCCUGUGGCGCCUCAGAGCCACUGCAACUACCGCCGCUGCUCUGAGCGCAGGGAAGCGUGGCUCCAAUUCGGGGCUGACCAGUGGGACCAAAGUGACACAACACUACUACCGAAGUCACAUGGAGUACACCGUCAGUGACCACAAACCAGUCUCCUCCAUCUUUACCCUACAGUUCCCAUACAAGGUGGAUAUUCCCCUGGUCACAAUCAUAGUGGAGGAUGAGUGGAAUAGUAUUGAUGAUGCAAUAGUAAAAUUCAGACUGGUGCCCAACUACCCACGCAGCUCCUGGGACUGGAUCGGACUGUACAAGGUGGGUUUCAAGCACCAUAAGGACUAUGUGGGAUAUGUGUGGGCCAAGCAAGAGGAAGCUGACUUUACUCGACAAGAACAUCAGGUAACCUUUACUGAGGAGGAAUUGCCUAAAGGCUCAGGGGACUUUAUCUUGGGUUACUAUAGCAACAACAUGAACACCAUUGUGGGUGUAACAGAGCCAUUUCAGAUCCAGCUUCCCACUUCAGGUCUUGAUGCCAGUUCUUCAGACAGCUCUGACUUCAGCUCAGAGGAUGACAGCACUGUUGUCCUCAUGAAGACGAGGUCCCGCAGUCCCAGUCCAUGCAAAGCCAAGCACCGCAGCCAUCACAGCCACAACCGCAGCCGCUCCGGCAGCCCCGCACAGGCCAAAAUGAAAAUGCUCAAUGUCACUGGUGAUUCUCUGUCCACCACCACUACAACAGCUGAGAGUGAGUCCACAGGACGUCCAGCAGGGGGCAGCAGAGGCCAGGUGUCUGCUCCUGAGGAGAAAGAAAAAGACACAGAGGGUUCAGGGGUGUGAUACACAACCUGGUCCUGCUGUUGUCACAGGUCACAUAGCCAACUGUUGUGUCUUUUAUUAAAUACAUCCAUUACACUGUAUGUUUUCUGCUAUGAAAAUAUACAUUUUCUGAUGCCAUCCUUUUCAGGAACAGCCAUCUGGUUUGUCCAGAAGGCUUACUUUGCCUUGAGUUGUUUUUAUUGAGC